AUGGGCCUGGGAAAACUGGGGCUCUUGUUCUCUAGGUUAUUUGUGAUCCUGCUUUUGCAGAUUUCUCUUUUUGAGUAUCACAUGGGGAAGAGUCCUUGUCAUAUAGAAAGAGCUUACAGUCCCACUUAUAGAAAAGAAAGAGACCUAGUCAUUGGGGGCUUCUUCUCCUUGUAUCAGAAGUCAGCGGGACCGUAUGACAAAUAUUUCUUCCAAAGUCCUCCAAUCUGGAUUGUUCCAGAGACAAAGUCAAUGCUCAAACAUUACCAACAUUUGCUGGCUUUCCAAUUUGCUGUGGAUGAGAUCAACAAGAACCCCCAUUUGCUACCCAACAUAACACUGGGAUACCAGUUGGUCAGUAACUUCCAGAACAACAAGCUAGCUGUGGAGAGCUCCUUGAUAUGGCUGUCAGGGAGGGGUCCAACCAUCCCUAACUACAGCUGUGACAGGCAGUCAAAUUCAGUGGCAGUCAUUGGAGGGAUGUCAUCUACACUGUCCAUGUCUGUGGCCACCAUUCUCAAACUUUAUAAAGUUCCACAGAUCAGCAGUGGCCCAUUUGAUCUUCUCCUGACUGAUAAGGUCCAGUAUCCACAUGUCUGUCAGAUGGGCAGCAGGUAAUCCACUCUUCACCUGGCAUUCAUCCAACUGAUGCUCCAUUUUGGCUGGACUUGGGUGGGGCUGGUUCUUUCUGAUAAUGAGAGAGGGGAAAAUUUCUUCAGUGAUCUGAAAGAGGAGAUGGACAGGAAUAGUCUGUGUGUAGCUUUUAAGGAAAGAGUGUCCCCAAACUUUAGAAGUGGAGAAGAUUUUGAACUCACUUCUAGGACCAUUGCAUCCUCAUCAAAUGUGAUCUUCAUCUAUGGAGAUACAGACUCCCUUCAGGAACUUUCUUCUGUAUUGGUUCAUUUUGUACUUUAUGGGAAGAUGUUGGUCACCACCUCUUCUUGGGAUUUUUCUGAUGAUUCUAGUUUUGAAAUGUUUAGCCAUUUCCAUGGUACAAUAAUAUUUUCUCAUACCAAGAUGGAGAUUCCUGGUUUCACUGAUUUUGUAAGAAGUCUGAAUCCCAGGGUGAAUCCUGAGGAUAUUUUCCUAAAGACUGUCUGGGAAUUAGUUUUUAAUUGUAGACUUUCAGAAAAAAAUCAUGCAGAAAUGACAUAUUCUUUGUGCCCAGAAGGCAUUCCCUUGACAAAUUUACCUUCUAUUAAUUUUCACAUGAUCAUAAUGGAACUCAGUUUUAAUGUUUACAACGCAGUGUAUUUAGUGGCCCAUGCUCUCCAUCAAAUACUCCAGACUGAGGCAAAAGACAUAUCAGAACUUGGAAGUAACCCAGAUCUUUCUUGGAAGCUCCCCCGCUUCAUCAAUUGCAUCAGUCCAGUAACUAGUGUCAGUGAUGAGUCAUGUGGGGAUCGAGUCAUGCUGGCUGCUGAGACAUAUGAUAUCCUGAAUUUUAAAGCCUUCCCUGGUCAGAUUCAAACAAUGGUGAAAGUGGGUGAAGUUAUCUCUCAUGGUCAGAUAUUCAGCAUUAAUGAAGAAGACAUAGAUUGGCCAGAAGAUUUCUCUCAGACUCCAGCUUCCACGUGCACUCUGAGCUGUGGCCCUGGAUUCAAGAAGACAGUGCAUGAAGGCCAGCCCAUCUGCUGCUUUGAUUGCACCCUAUGCCCUGAAGGGCAGAUUUCCAAUCAGACAGAUGCAGAGCAAUGUCUGCAGUGCCCAAGCAAGGACAGGGACAGAUGCAUUGGUAAGACUGUGACCUUCCUGGCCUAUGAAGAACCUCUUGGAAUGACUCUGGCCUGUGCAGCUCUCUGCUUCUCCCUCCUCACUUCUCUGCUCCUUGCAGUCUUUCUGAAGCACAGAGACACUCCCAUAGUCAAAGCUAAUAACCGCAGUCUCAGCUACACUCUUCUGGUCUCCCUCAGCCUCUGCUUCCUCUGCUCCUUGCUUUUCCUUGGUUGUCCUAACACUGCUACUUGUCUCCUGCGACAAACCAUAUUUGCAAUUGUGUUUACAGUGGCCAUUGCCUCCAUUUUAGCUAAAACCAUCACUGUGGUUCUGGCCUUCAAGGCCACAAAGCCAGGCAGCAAGCUCAGGCUGGGCUCUACAGCAUCUUAUGCUCUUAUUGUUAUCUGUACUCUAAUCUAAAUUUGUCUCUGUGGCAUCUGGCUUGGGACAUACCCCCCAUUCCUGGAGAUGGACAUACACACUGAGACUGGCUUCAUUGUCAUUCAGUGCAAUGAGGGCUCCAUCCUUACCUUCUAUUGUGUCCUGGGCUAUAUGGCCUUGUUGGCCUUGGGGAGCUUCACCAUGGCCUUCUUGGCCAGGAUUCUGCCAGACACUUUCAAUGAAGCCAAGUUCCUGACAUUCAGCAUGCUUGUGUUCUGCAGUGUCUGGAUAUCCUUCCUGCCCACAUAUCAGAGCACCAAGGGCAAGGCCAUGGUGGCCGUGGAAGUGUUUUCCAUCUUGGCCUCCAGUGCUGGGAUUCUCACUUGCAUCUUUGCUCCCAAGUGCUAUGUGAUUCUUCUGAGGUCAGACAGAAAUACCCUGGAGAUAUUGAAAAAGAAGGUGGAGCCUCUGCUCAGUAGCAGGCCCAAAUGUGACCGACUCGUCCUGCUGAACUUUCAAGUUGUCUUUGGUGUCUAUGGGCUGAGAGGUCUGGAAAUGGCCACUGCAGCCAGUGAUCCAGUUGCCUUGUGGCCUGCUCCUGCUUUGCUGGGGCCUGGUCUACACUGGUGCUGCCUCUGCUGCACUGUGCUUUUCUAUCUCCAAGAUGCAGAGCAGUGCCUGCAGUGCCCUGAAGAUGAGUACCCAAGCAAGGAGAGAGAUCGAUGCCUCCCCAAGACUGUGACCUUCUUGGUCCUUGAAGAACCUCUUGGAAUGACCCUGGCCUAUGCAGCUCUCUGCUUCUCCCUCCUCACCACUCUGGUCCUUGCAGUAUUUGUGAAGCACAGAGACACUCCCAUAGUCAAAGCCAAUAACCGCAGUCUCAGCUACACUCUUCUGGUCUCCCUCAGCCUCUGCUUCCUCUGCUCCUUGCCCUUCAUUGGCCGUCCUAACACCACCACUUGUCUCCUGCGACAAACCACAUUUGUAGUUGUGUUUACAGUGGCCAUUGCCUCCAUUUUAGCUAAAACCAUCACUGUGGUUCUGGCCUUCAAGGCCACAAAGCCAGGCAGCAAGUUCAGGAGGUGGCUGGGCCCUACAGCAUCUUAUUCUGUCAUUUUUGUCUCUGUGGCAUCUGGCUUGGGACCUAUCCCCCAUUCCUGGAGAUGGACAUUCAUGCGGAGCCUGCCUUCAUUGUCAUUCAACAUAAUGAGGGCUCCAUCCUUACUUUCUAAUGUGUCUUGGUUAAGCCUGGGACAUGGGCACAUAUUCUUUCCCAAAUAAUUAAGAAAUUCCUUACCUUGCCUUCAUCUCCACCACUUCCUGAAGUGCAGCAAUCCUGUCAAUAGUGGCGGUGAUGGGUCAUGUGGAGAUAAAGCCAGGAUGGCUGCUGAGACAUAUGAUAUCCUGAAUUUUAAGUUCUUCCCUGAUCAGACUGAGACACUGGUGAAAGUGGGUGAAGUGACCCCUCACAGUCAGGGAUUCAGCAUUAAUGAAGCAGAUAUUGAAUGGCCUGAAGAUUUCUCUCAGACUCCAGCUUCCAUGUGCAGUCUGAGCUGUGGCCCUGGAUUCAAGAAGACAGUCCGUGAAGGCCAGCCCAUCUGCUGCUUUGAUUGCAUCCUAUGCCCUGAAGGGCAGAUUUCCAACCAGACAGAUGCACAGCAAUGUCUGCAGUGCCCUGAAGAUCACUACUCAAGCAAGGAGAGGGACAGGUGUCUUGACAAGGCCAUGACCUUCCUGGCCUGUGAAGAACCUCUUGGAAUGACUCUGGCCUGUGCAGCUCUCUGCUUCUUCUUCCUCACCACUCUGGUCCUUGGAGUCUUUAUAAAGCACAGAUACACCCCCAUAGUCAAAGCCAAUAACCGCAGUCUUAGCUACACACUUCUGGUCUCUCUCAUCCUCUGUUUCCUCUGCUCUUUUCUCUUCCUUGGCCUUCCUAACACCACCACUUGUCUCUUGUGACAAACCACAUUUGCAGUUGUGUUUACAGUGGCCAUUGCCUCCAUUUUAGCUAAAACCAUCACUGUGGUUCUGGCCUUCAAGGCCACAAAGCCAGGCAGCAAGCUCAGGAGGUGGCUGGGCUCCACAGCAUCUUAUUCUCUCAUUGUUAUCUGUACUCUAAUCCAAAUGUGUCUCUGUGGCAUCUGGCUUGGGACCUAUCCCCCAUUCCUGGAGAUGGACAUACACUCUGAACCUGGCUUCAUUGUCAUUCAAUGUAAUGAAGGUUCCAUUCUUACCUUCCAUUGUGUCCUGGGCUAUGUGGCCUUGCUGGCCUUAGGGAGCUUCACCAUGGCUUUCCUGGCCAGGAAUCUGCCAGAUACUUUCAAUGAAGCCAAGUUCCUGACAUUCAGCAUGCUUGUGUUCUGCAGUGUCUGGAUAGCCUUCCUGCCCACAUAUCAGAGCACCAAAGGCAAGGCCAUGGUGGCCGUGGAAGUGUUUUCCAUCUUGGCCUCCAGUGCUGGAAUUCUCACUUGCAUCUUUGCUCCCAAGUGCUAUGUGAUCCUUCUGAGGUCAGACACAAAUACCCUGGAGAUACUGAAAAACAAAGCCAAUCCAUCAGGAGUAAUGUGUUCUCAAUCUCUUCCUCACAAAUCACACUGA